AGUACGAGUAGCUAAUACACGGACAAGAGGAUCCAUCGAUAAUCAAUUUACACGAAAAACAAAAUAAAAAUAAAAAAAAAAUUAAACAGAGAUGCGUAAUUAAAGAGCAUUCUAGAUAAGACCAGAGCCUACGACACGAGUCAUGGCUACGAGACGAAGGCCGCCGACCCCACACAUGACUCAGACCUUCGAUCGGAUCAUCAUGACUACAAGUAGUAGCAAGACGACAAAGGUCGAGCCAGCACGUGACUCGGAAAUCUGAGGGUCGAGCUGAAUUGCAAUCAUCAUCUCGUCUUCUCGUUCUCCCUCGACUCUCCAUUUUUCCUACGCAACAACGAAAGCGUGACCUUCACUAGCAAUUAGCAUGGAAAACAAAGAAGAAUCCGGUUCAUUGUCGACGGCUCCCUUACUGGGUUCAUCACCCCAGCAGGCCCAAGGAAGAAGAGAUGAUGAGCCUGGAAAAGGCCGGUCCACGUGGGCCCAGACUCUGGGCAACAUCGUGGUCUCCAUAAUUGGCACUGGAGUUCUGGGCCUCCCCUACGCAUUUCGGGUCGCUGGUUGGGCCGCGGGCUCGCUCGGGGUUGCUCUUGCUGGGGUCUCCACCUGCUAUUGCAUGCUCCUGCUCGUACAAUGUAGGGAUAAGUUAGAAGAUGAAGACAAAGAAGGGUCCAUUUGCAUCACAACUUAUGGAGAUCUGGGCGCAAAAGCCUUUGGAAAAGCAGGCCGCUAUCUUACUGAAAUCCUCAUCCUCGUCUCACAAGCUGGUGGUGCCAUAGCUUAUCUAAUAUUUAUCGGCCAAAAUCUCUCUUCUACCUUCUCUUCAACUGGAACAAACCACUUUUCAAUCUCUCCCUCAAUUUUCAUUUUCUUAGUUCUCCUUCCUCUUGAAAUUGUCCUCUCUUUUAUCCGUUCCUUAUCUUCUCUCGCUCCAUUCAGCGCCUUUGCCGAUGCCUGCAACAUCCUUGCCAUGGCUAUUGUCAUCAAAGAGGAUUUUCAACUAUUUAAGAGUUUUACAGAGACAAGGAGAGCCUUUAACGGCGCUUUGGGUUUGCCUUUUGCUGCUGGAGUGGCAGUUUUUUGCUUUGAGGGCUUUAGCAUGACCCUGGCAUUGGAGGCAUCAAUGGCUGAGAAGGGGAAGUUUCGCCGAGUGCUUUCAUGGGCAUUUCUUGGGAUAACUUCUGCUUAUGUUUUGUUUGGAAUUUUUGGUUAUUUGGCGUAUGGUGAUGAGACCAAGGAUAUUAUAACGCUCAACCUCCCCAACAAUUGGUCCGCUAUCGUAGUUAAGGUUGGAUUAUGUAUUGGUCUUGCAUUCACAUUUCCAAUUAUGAUGCAUCCUAUUCAUGAUAUCACAGAAGGGAAGCUGAAGUCAAGCGGGUGGUUUCAAAGGCUAUGCCACAAGGCAAGAGGAGCCGAGGAAUUCGGCUUGCAUGGGGUCCGCAUCUUAAUGGUGGUCAUUAUGGCAAUACUGGCUUCUUUGAUACCGGGAUUUGGAGAUUUCAUCUCUCUUGUAGGGAGCACUGUUUGUGCUUUGCUCUCUUUCGUGAUGCCGGCAACAUUUCAUCUCACUCUCAUGGGCUCUCAUCUCAAGUACUGGCAGAGACUGUUGGAUUUUUGCAUACUUGUUGUUGGAGUGGUUUUUGCCGGUCAUGGCACGUACGACGCAAUCUCAAAGCAUUCCAGGCGGUGAUGACUUGAUUUGGUUUUGUUUUAAAUAGAUGCAGGUUGAGAGUUUCUUUGGCUUGAGUAAAGCAAAAGUAUGGAUGUUUGAGUCAUAACCCAAAUAAAGUUUUGUUGUACCAUGACUGUACAAAGCGGUAAGACAAUGUAAGUUCUUAAUGGAGAUCGCUGUAGCAAUAUCGUUGCAAAGUGCAUUCCUGACUUCUUCUAAGCAUUUUUCAUAACACUUACGAGUUCACUCGAGUUUUUUUGCAGAAACCCUUGAGACUACCCGAACGGGUAAAAUAUAGAAAAUGGAGGUAUUGGUGACCAAACUAUCAUGGUUUCGACGAGAAUGUUGCAAACUUUUCCUUGCAAAUAAAUAUACACAGAGAUUCAAAAGCCUGUCUAUCAAUUUUACUUCAGGGGAAAAUUCCAUACAGGAAGAUCACAAUUAUGAACCAACGGCACAGCCAAAAAUAGCGCGAUAAGUACUAUAGAAAGCAAACGCAAACCCCACAAAGAGUAAGAAGUAAUCAAUCAUCUUCUGCCAGAAUUUGAGGGAAGAACUCAUAAGCUUUAGAUGAAAUGACGCAGGAAGAACAAAAGAAAGCAGAGAACAGACGGUGCCUCCUGUAAGUGACAUCAGUUGAGCGAAGCCUGAGGCCGAGGUAGCCAAAAUGGCUAAGGCCACGACCACGAGAAUGCGAGAAAUCUGAGAGAGCAACCAACCUUUGGCCUGUGAAUUUCCACAGAUCUUUUGAGACCAUGGGCUUGAAAUGAGCUUCCUCUCUGUGAUCUCGUGGAUGGGAUGAACAGACAUCGGGAAGACGAAUGCGAUAGAAACACAGAGGCACAACUGCUUAGUGAAAAGGAGGGCAAAAUAUUAGCAAAUAAUGUUGCAGAGAUGAGUUCAUGAACGUUCAAGUCAAAUAUUAUGCGAGGGGAUACUGCUUUUGCCAAAUCGAAUUGGAAGGCUGGUUUAAAUUGUUCUAUUUCAGCUUCAUACACAUUGUUAGCAGCUUUAUAUCAACGUCACAAUCAAUAGCGUCGCUAUCAUUUAUA